UUUACGGAAGAAGGCGGUGGCUCGCUCCCUGGGCAUGUUGGGAGUUGUAGUUGGAGCGGUUCCGCGAAGGCUCCGGGUAACGCCUUCUGGUCCGGGGGUGGUCGGUAGUAGUGCAGCUUGACUUUGAGGCGGAGGAAUUGGCAACAAGGAGGAGAUAUUACAGGGAGACCCUAAGGCUAGGCAGCGGGACAGAGGACUGGGUUUGGGGUUGGAGGACAGCCAGACAGAACGUCUGAUAUGCCCCUAGGAACUUGACCGCUCCGAGACAGAGGCAGGACCACACCAGACCCAUCCGGUGAGCCCCUUCUCGCCGAGCCUUAUUUCCAACAGCCAUCUAGGCCUCAUCAGAGCCCCAAUGUCGUGUGGCUGCUAUUCCUGAACGAGGCGAUGGCGUCCCCAAGCCCACCGCUGGAGCCAAAGGAGGAGUGGGGUUAUCUGGAUCCAGCUCCGAGAAGCCUGUAUAAAGAUGUCAUGAUGGACAGCUACGGAAAGCUGGUCUCGCUGGAUGUUUUAAACAGAAAUAAAGAUGAAGAGCCAACUGUGAAAGAAGAACUUGAGAAAGAUAUCGAGCCACAGGGUGUAAUAGUUACAAGAAUCAAAAGUGAAAUUGAUCAAGAUCCUGUGGGUAGCGAAACCUUUGAACUUGUUGGUAGGUUAGAUAAACAAAGAGGGAUCUUUUUGUGGGAAAUACCACGUGACUCUCUGAGUGAGGAACAGAAACUAUUUAGAGGGCACACUAAUGUCCGUAAGAGACCAACUUCAGAAGAGAAGUGUCAUAAAUGUGAAGAAUGUGGAAAACGUUUUGUCCGCAAGGCCCAUUUCAUUCAGCAUCAAAGGGUCCACACGGGUGAGAAACCUUUUCAGUGCAACGAGUGUGGGAAAAGCUUCAGUCGAAGUUCCUUUGUUAUUGAACAUCAGAGAAUUCACACUGGGGAACGACCCUAUGAGUGUAAUUACUGUGGGAAAACCUUUAGUGUGAGCUCUACCCUUAUUAGACACCAGAGAAUCCACACUGGAGAAAGGCCUUACCAGUGUAAUCAGUGUAAACAGAGCUUCAGCCAGAGAAGGAGCCUUGUGAAACACCAAAGAAUUCACACUGGUGAGAAACCCCAUAAAUGCAGUGACUGUGGAAAAGCCUUCAGUUGGAAAUCCCACCUUAUUGAGCAUCAGAGGACCCACACUGGUGAGAAACCCUAUCACUGUACCAAAUGCAAGAAAAGUUUUAGUCGAAACUCAUUGCUUGUUGAACACCAGAGAAUUCAUACCGGAGAAAGACCUCAUAAGUGUGGUGAAUGUGGGAAAGCGUUCAGAUUAAGUACAUACCUUAUACAACACCAAAAAAUACACACUGGUGAGAAGCCUUUUCUUUGUAUUGAAUGUGGAAAGAGUUUCAGUCGGAGCUCAUUCCUUAUUGAACAUCAGAGGAUCCAUACGGGGGAACGCCCUUAUCAGUGCCAAGAGUGCGGGAAAAGUUUCAGUCAACUUUGCAACCUUACCCGUCAUCAGAGAAUUCACACGGGGGACAAACCCCACAAGUGUGAGGAGUGUGGGAAAGCCUUCAGUAGAAGCUCAGGUCUCAUUCAGCACCAGAGAAUCCAUAUCAGGGAAAAGACUUCGCCAUUCAGUGAAACUAAGGAAAGUUUUGAUCCAAACUGCAGUCUGGUUAUACAGCAGGAAGUCUCCCCUAAGGAGAAAUCGUACAAAUGCGAUGACUGUGGGAAAACGUUCAGUGUCAGUGCUCAUCUUGUACAGCAUCAGAGGAUCCACACUGGUGAGAAGCCCUACCUGUGUACUGUCUGCGGGAAAAGCUUCAGUCGGAGCUCGUUUCUUAUUGAGCAUCAGAGAAUCCACACUGGGGAGAGACCCUAUCUGUGCAGACAGUGUGGCAAAAGUUUUAGUCAACUUUGUAAUCUCAUCCGCCAUCAGGGCGUUCACACUGGUAACAAGCCCCACAAGUGUGAGGAGUGUGGGAAAGCCUUCAGCAGGAACUCAGGUCUCAUUCAGCACCAGAGAAUCCACACAGGAGAGAAGCCUUAUAGGUGUGGAAAAUGUGACAAAAGUUUUAGUCAACAGCGCAGCCUUGUCAACCAUCAGAAGAUCCAUGCAGAGGUGAAAACCCAGGAAAUUUAUGAAUGUGAUGCCUGCGGCGAAGCCUUUACUUGUCAGAUUUCUCUAAUUCAGCAUCAAAAGUUGCAUAUUAUGUGGAUGCAGUAAAAUUAGGGAUAUUUUAAUGCUUAAAUCUGUGACUAGCUACCAAAGUGCAGUUUUAAUACGGCCCAACGUGGGUCAAAUAUAGUGGUAAAGCAAAUACUUGUUGGCUUCAUGAAGAAUAGUUUCUAAAGAUCCUAUGAAUAGUGGGCAGUGCCUGUGGGGAACUGACUUGGCGAUUACUAGUUGUUUUCAUAGCCACAGAGAUUUGAUUUAUCUAAGCCUCUAACCUUUCAGUAGAGUCGACUGGGCAAGGCAUAUGAGGAAAGUUCUGAAGGGCACAGUGAAAUUAGUGUACCGAAUAGGGAGCAACUGAUCCUGGGAAGCUAGGAAUAAUUCAAAAGUCUUAUGUUGCCAUCUCCUGUAGUUGCCCUUCAGUUCUAUGAAGUUUGACUAUACGUGUCAAACCUCAGUGACUAAGCAAAUGUAAUUUGUGAAAGUCCAGAUAUUUUCAAAGUUGCCAAACAGUGUUUAAAACUGUUCAAGAAAUUUGUAUGGAAAAUUAGUUGGUGAAAGUUUGGAGCUCCAGUACUUCCCAGGUUAAUAAAGGCGUGAAUCAUUAAGUUGUAAAGGCAUUUGUUAGUGUUAACAACUAAUAAAGGUAUUACCAAGGAAUCUUUGGGAGUGCCUUCUCCUGAGCCACAAAAUGGGCCCCAAAAGAAAAUUACUGAUUUAUUUUGUGCUGCCUCAUCUGUGAAAUCUGUUUGUAAUACUAUAUCAACAUUACUUUAUUAUUCCCACAUAAUCAGGAACAUGUAAAGAAAGAUGUACGUAUUUUGAUUAUCAAGAACUGGAAAUAAUAAUAAAAAAAAUGACCUAAAAUGUAUGCUAGAAAGCUG